CAACCUGUUAAGAAAGUGGGUAGGUCCUAAUAGCAGAUGUUUUAUUGCAACUUUGUUUCAUUUGGGUUUCAUUGCUUGGGUUAACUCAUCAUCAAAAGUUGAAGAAAUCAUUUUAAUAUUGAGCAGCCUGUUCAACAGGUUGGCCAGCAUUAGAUAAAGCUCCCUUGCAAAUAAUUGAAGCAGCUAACAGGAAAUAUUGAGAUAGAAAAGAAAAAGGAAAGGGAAACUAUGACACACUUCCUUCUAGUUCAUGGUAUGUGUCAUGGAGCUUGGUGUUGGUACAAGAUUGUGUCGCUGCUCAAAUCAGGCGGUCACCGUGUUACUCCCUUGGAUCUUGGUGCCAGUGGAAUCAACCCCAAGACCAUCACUGACUUGGCUUCCUUGUCCGAUUAUGCGGAGCCAUUGAUGGCAUUAAUGGCCUCUUUGCCUCAAGACGAGAAAGUGAUACUAGUGGGUCAUAGUUACGGUGGGGUUAUCAUUUCCUUAGCCAUGGAACGCUUCCCCAUGAAAGUAUUGGCCGCUGUUUAUCUCACAGCUUUUAUGCCGAAUCAUGAUUCUCCUAUUGCGACUGCAGUAGCUGAGUACUUCAGAAGAGUUAUGGCGGAGCCGCUCAUGGAUUUCCAGUUAUUGUUUGAAGAUGGGCCGGAAAAUCCACCAACUCAUGCCUUAUUUGGACCAAAAUACAUGGAGGCAAUGGUUUAUCAACUCUCACCAAAAGAGGAUAUAGAAUUGGCCAACACGUUGCUGAGACAAGGAAAGUGGUUCAUGAAAGAUUUGUCCAAGGAAUCUCUGCUAUCAAAAGAGAAAUUCGGAUCCGUUGAUCGGGUUUAUAUAGUUUGCAAGGAUGAUUUGCUGAUAAAAGAAAGCUUGCAGAAAUGGUACAUCGAAAAUAGCCCUACAGAUGAUGUGAAAGUCAUAGCUGGUGCCGAUCAUAUGGCCAUGUUUUCCAAACCCCAGGAGGUCUGCAAAUGUCUCCAAGAAGUUGCUGAGAAAUAUAAUUGAUUCUCCAACUUUGUAAUCAAUAAAUAAAACAAUCUUAAAAUAAUUAUCUAUCAAUAAAAAUGGUUCUUUAAAUUCCUGCCGAAAUAAA